CCACCGCAGCCUGAGUGGUUGCCCUCGAGCCCAACGUAGCGCCAACAGACGCUGUCUCGUCUCCGGCUCGGGCCCCGAUUCGCAUGUUAGUCCGUCCGUCGGAGAGGCUGUAUCGCCGGGGGCCGCAUCGCCUCCAGACUAUUCCACCUCGAACCCUUUCGUCCUGCUCAACCAGGCCUCGAUGUUCCAUGCUCGUGGUCACCCAACAACGCAUUGUCUCUCUCCACCUCCGUCUCCAAGCUCCAGCUAUGCCAGGGCCUUGUUGCCAAGGCAACCGGAAUUGGUCUCUCUCGCUCCUCCGUCUGCCUCGGGAGCCGAAAGUACACUUUCGCAAACUCAGACCAACCUCUUGACCUUUCCUCUGCCCCUCAGUCUAGCCCUGCCGCCAUUGCCACCGCUACCUCCACUGCCUCCACUGCCUUCGCUGCCUUCGCUGCCUUUGCCGCUCACUCUUCCUCUUCCUCUGCCUCUGCCUCUGAGACCGCUGACUUGCGGUCUGGACACGACUCCGGUGGCAGCUCUAAUGGAGUUCACCAAUCAGCGUCACUUUCCCAUCUCCAGCCAGCCCGGAGACGAGCAUAUGGUCUCAGGUCGUCUGGCCAACCGGCAGACCGGCGUCUGGCAAGCCGAAACCGCUCAGAACUGGUCAAUGGGACCGGACAGAAUGCCUCAUCCGCCCGAGGUCAUGUCAAGCGAAUUGGCUUCGGGAAACAAGACUCGAGAGAUGGAGCGCAAAACUCCAAUCAUGUAA